AUGUUAAAUUAUCUGAUAUAAGGAAGAAAACUUUUAAAAUAACAAUUUUCGGUCAAUAAGUUACUUCGAUAACAGAUCACUUAUUAAUUAAUACAGAUGGAUAGUAAUAAAUUUUUGUUAUGGGCCAAAAUCUCUGAUCAUGUCUUAAUUACAAUAAAGUUAUAAAUACAUAUAUAAAUGAAGAUUGCAUUAGGAAAAAUGAAUUUUAAGAAUAAAGAAUAAUUAGCAAUAACCGAAUGCAAUAGACUGUUAAAUUCAUAUGAUUUUAGGAAUUUUUACUAUAGAUACAAAGAACUAGAUUUAAAAACAAUAAAUAUGAACUAAAAGUAAGAUAAAAAUGAGAAAUCUAACUUUAAAGAACUAUAAUUUGGAGAUAAGAGAAAAAACUAUUCCAAGCUGAUAAAAAGGAAUUUUGAAGUUAUUAAUAAAAGUAAAAGAGAAGGAGGUAUAUUUAAUUGUAUUUUAUAAUGAUAA